GGGUUACGGGCGUGAUGUGCAGACUUGUUAAAAAAGCUAAAUGUCAAAAUUCAAAAUGGUAAAUAAAUGCAGUGUGAUUUGUGUGGUGCACUUUGUGAUUCAGUAACGAAACAACAAUGUUUUCUUCAAUUAAAAACGUGUUAGUUCGCGUCCGAUCUCGGUACCGGCGUUGUGUAGAGAUGAAUCGCAGCAGUUAUUGGAAGCUACAGAUGUGCGGUACGGAGGAGGAGAUGCGCGAGGUGGCUGGCAGAAUCUGCAGGAACUACCUGCACGGCGCCUGGAAGAGCACGGACCCGCGGGACCUGGACUUCAAGCGGAUCAGCGGCGGGCUGUCCAACUUCCUGUACUACGUGGCGCUUCCCUCGGAGCCGGCCAAGCUGGGCGGCUUCCGGCGCGAGAGCUCGCCGGACGCCGACCAGGACCUCAAGCUCAAGAAGCAGAUGCUCAGCGCGCACUCUUUCUCGCUCGAUGAGCCGAAGAAGGUGCUGCUGCGCAUAUACGGGCAGGUGCACGGCGAGCGCGCGAUGGACGCGAUCGUGACGGAGUCGGUCAUCUUCACGCUGCUGUCGGAGCGCCGCCUCGGGCCCAAGCUGCACGGCGUCUUCUCGGGCGGCCGCAUCGAGGAGUACAUACCGGCGCGGGCGCUGCUCACGAAGGAACUGUCCGAGCCGGCGCUGUCCAUGAAGAUAGCGGAGAAGAUGGCCGCCAUACACUCGAUGGACGUGCCGCUGUCCAAGGAGCCCAACUGGCUGUGGAAGACCAUGGCCAAGUGGCUGCGCACCGUCAAGGAGGAGCGGCUCGCGGCGCUGCCCGCCAACAUGCGCGCGGAGGAGCGGCGCGUGGCGGAGCGGCUGCGCGCGGUGGAGUGGGAGGCGGAGAUCGAGUGGCUCAAGCGGCUCACCGCCGCGCUCAACUCGCCCGUCGUCUUCUGCCACAACGACAUGCAGGAGGGUAACAUCUUGAUACUGGAGGAUGAAGUGGAGACGGGCGGCGAGGGCUCCGGCAUGGAGGGGGAGUGGUGCUACGACUACACGAACCCGGAACAUCCGUUCUACUACGAGAACUACGAGAACGCGCCCACGCUCGAGCAGAAGGAGAUCUUCAUCAAGGAGUACCUGAAGCACGCGGGCGAGCCGGACGCGGCGGAGAGCAUCGACGAGAUCAACCGGCUGCUGGACGAGAUCGACGCGUUCGCGCUCGCCAGCCACCUGUUCUGGAGCCUGUGGUCCAUCGUGAACGCCAGCAAGAGCCAGAUACCCUUCGGCUACUGGGAGUACGGCCUGUCCCGGCUGGAGACGUACCUGCGGCUGAAGCAGGAGCUGAUCAAGAAGGAGAAGUACGGGUUCCCGCAGAAGAGGAAGAUCUGCGAGGUCGACAUUUGAGGCGCCGCCCGCGACUGAGCGCGCACUGCACUGCACUGCAGUGUGUUGUGCACUGCACUCUACGGUGUACUGUAUCGUACGCUGUGGUGUACUGCACUGCCCGGUACGCCAGCUUAGCGUACUGCACUGUGUCAUCGAGUACUGUAAUGGACUGUUAAACGUACUGCAGCGUACGGGCCGCCACUGUGCUGUAUCAUACGCCACUGUGCGGUGGCGCCGCGCCGUCGACAUCUUAUAAAUAUUUUCGCCUCAACUGUGUACAGAAAUCUGCGAUAUCUGUCUGUUCCUCGGUAUACCUAAAAUAUUACCAAAAAUAUCGUUAUUUAGAUAUGAUAAAAACUGUUUUUGGUUUAAGUAUUAAUUAUUAAACUAUUGCAAUGUGUUUUAUUUCAAAAAUGUUUGUGCAAUUGUGAAUGCUGUGGAUACAGCUAUUGGCAUUUAAAAAUAAUGAAAUAAUAAUUUUUCGAAGUAUUUUCUGAUGCCAAGUCAAGCAAUAACGUGUAGUGAACUGUGAGCUUUAUGUGUUGCUCUCGAGAAUCGAAUAUUGUAUGUACUUAUACAACAGCAGUUCUUAUUAAUAUUAUUGUAAAAAAAAUUAUUUAUUAGGUAUGAUUUCUACAAAAAUAUGAGGAAAAUUAUUUUUAUUAUAUAAGGCCGUUUAUAACAAAGCUUAAUAAACGGUUAAUAAGUGAGUUGUAUUCAUUUUGUAAAUAAAUUAUGGACUAUUAAAAAAAUCUACAUUAUUUGUUAAAUUGUAAUACGUAAAUGAUUAGUCACACAUCUGUAUAUAUACAAAAUAAAAUAAAAAAAAAACACAAAAAUAUUAACUUCCUCGUACUGUUUGUUCAAAUAGAUUUGUAGUAAGUCAAUCGCCUUACAGCUAUCUCUGUCUAACUCGAUACGAUGGACAAGGACGGCACAUCGCAGCGUCGUAAUUUUGUACAUUCGUCUCUCUCUAACGUAGCGAAGUAGACAGAGACGGCUAGAUAUCUCUCCAACGGGAAGAGAAAUGAAUAUAUUGUAUAUAGUAAAAAUAUGUAAGUCGUUAUGUGAUAUAACACAUGUACAUAUAAUUAAUUAUUCGACUGCAGUGUGACGUCGACUGCGACUCGACUCCGCCAUCUUUGUUUUUCGUGUAACUUUAAAUUGAAUCGACAUUUUAAAUGAUCAUUGACACAUGUGACCAAUAUGGAAGACUCUUUAUUUUCAAAUAUAAUUAUAUUAGGCUCGCGUAUGUAGUAAUAUCGAAUAAAUAAUGUAAAAAAGUGACAAUCGAGUCAAGUGAGAGAACUCGCGCUAAAAACUCGCUAAUUCAGUAUUCGCACAAACAUUCCUUGUGAUCGCCUAUUCGCCGUCUCGCUCUCGCCUGCGUAACGGCGCCACGGUCAGAGCGGGAUGGAGCUAUUUUGGUAUUCGGCUUUUUGAAUCAUUCGAUAUGCGGGAGAGAAAUGAGUGCCUUUGGGUGGAAUUAAUGUUAGACGACGUAAAAUAGUUAGAUGGAACUAAAUACGGGGAUAGACAAAUUUUUCGUAUCACUUUUUUACGACUAGCUGUUGCCCGCAGCUUCGCACGCGUGGACAAAAUAAAUGAUCGUAGUACUGACUUUUGUCCCUUAUUUUACCUCCUUGGGGGGAGAAUUUAUCAAAAUCCUUUCUUAGCGUAGGCACCCACGUUACAACAUCUAUCUGCAUCCCAAAUUUCAGCCCGAUCCGUCCAGUGGUUUGGGCUGUGCGGUGAUAGUUCACUGUGUCAGUCAGUCGCCUUUGAGUUUUAUAUAUUUAGAUUUCCCGUAGUACAAUAUGUAUGACGACGCAUCGCCCUGUUGGGAGGAUAAUUUUUAAAUUAUUCAAGUGAUUUAAAAGCGAUUUGUUCAAAUUUUGAAUUUCGAUGUAAUCAAAAGAACCUGUAAAACUACCACGUGGGUGAAUUUGUGACAAAUCUGUAUAUUUGUAAUAUAUAUGACUUCCAGUGUCCCGACUAUGCACUCAACUAUGCUCAAUACAAUACUAGAUGGCGCUGCUCGCUCUUCACUAUGGAAAACCCUAAGGAAUAAUAAUUAUUUCAAACCUCGAAUAGCGUUCGCAAAUUUUAUUUGUUGUGUAAUCUCGAUGAUUUAUUGUAAAUGAAAUGUUUGCCAAAAAUCGAGUGAAAAUAGGUAUUUACUAUAUAGUAAUUGUAGGUUUUGCUUUUUUUUAUUAGUUUGUACAUUUUUUUUAAUUUACUCUAAAGAUAGCAUUCUACUCCAGUAAAUAGAGAUAUGAAAGGUACAACAUAUAACAUUUUUGGGGAUUAGCCAUUAUUUAAAUUAGCUUCAAUUAUUAUUAUUAUAAUCGAUUGUAAGAUUCCAAUAAUUACAAACCUAGAUUAGCGCCAAAAUUUUAGUUUUCGGCCGCUUGCACUCGUCUCGCUUGCACACAACAUAACAAGAUAACGUGCUAUCUCGCUCGUACCCGUCAUGUCGUGUGAACAAUUUGAAAUUAUUGACGCCCACAUCACAAUAGAAUAAGAGACGAUAAAUCUAAACAUACAAUACCCUAUUCAUUGAAAACUAUUUAUUGAAUCGUGAAAGUUUUUAUUGACAAAUUUUUUGACAAUGAAACCUUUAUUUUUAUAAAAAUUUGCGUCCGCAUUUAGUCAUUAGUACUUAUUUAGAUGCAGCUAUUUAUUUUAAAAUGGUGUUGGUUUUCCAAAGAGGGUUGUCAAUUUAUAGAUUUUUCGUGAUUAUUAUAUGUUUUUUGUUUACAUUUAAAAUGUAUGAGAUAUAUGAUAUUUUAUAUUAAAUUGUAUUAAUAUUUAUUGUGUAUUUAUAAUGAUUUUUUUGUUCACUAGUGUCAACCCUAAGGUAGUUUUAUCAUUAAUGAAAAAAUUCCUAUAUAUUUUUAAGCUUAGUCACAAUACUCUAUCAUGGAUUUUCGUGGAAAUUGUGUUUCAAAAGUUGUAGAUUGUUUAUUGAAUAAAAAAUGUAAACUGUUUGAGCCAAAUAAUAGUUAUUUAAAAAUUACAAAAUAUUGAUAACAUUAAAUGGCGGAUAGACUUCAUGUACAUAACUGUAACAAUUUAAUCAUGUUUUUUUUAAAUAUAUGAAUCCGAUAUUUUGUACUUUGAUUAUUUAUAUUUAAUUUCAACCAAAAACCUACAUUUUUAUUGAGUUGGGUGUAAUUGUCUAUGUCUCUUGAUUUUGAUAUUUGCUGGAUAUAUAUUUUCUUUAAAGCGUUCUAUAAUUUACUUAAAAAAAACCUUUUUUUAUUUUAUGAGUCAGUUAUAAAUAUCGUGGCGGGAAGUGAUCGCUGUACAGACUACAGAGUACUUACGUUUGUGAUAAUUAUGUGAGAUGCGACUUUUGUAUAAGUUAUGGAAUUUAAUAAAUUGUUUC